UUUACAUGCAUCUUCACAAACUAUAGCUUACGAUAACGCCAUACGAUUUACCCCUAGACUGCUAGCCACGCCCUGCUUCGUCCACUUUCUUUUAUUCAAACAGCGUGCCCCUGGUUAUUUUAGGCUCCAGUAGCUUAUGAAAUGUCUGACGAUAGCGAUGUUUCAUUGCCAAGGACUACCUUACAAAAAAUGAUCAAGGACUUACUUCCACCGGACAUGCGCUGCGCUAAUGACACGGUGGAGAUGGUCAUUGCGUGCUGCACCGAGUUCAUCCAGCUUCUGUCCAGCGAGUCUAAUGAGGUGGCGACGCGGGAGGGCCGCUCCAUCAUCCACCCUGACCACGUCAUGCGCGCGCUCACGGAGCUGGGCUUCCAGGAGUUUGUGGGCGAGGUGAACGCAGCGCUGCACACCUUCAAGGAAGAGACCAAGACGGCGCACUCGCGGAAGGCCGACCUGAGGAAGACGGGCGCCGAGCAGGCGGGGCUCACGGAGGAGGAGCAGAUCGCUCUACAACAGCAGAUGUUUGCAGCGGCACGUGCGCAGUCCAUGACCACGAGUGAGGUCGCCGCCUCCAUGACCGCCUCCUACGACCGAAUGGCAAUGGCGGCGGCGGCGGCAGCGGCGGCGGCGGGGGGCGGCGGAGGCGCCGGCGGCGCGGCGGGGCAAGCGCCAGGGAUAGCGCCAGGCCUUGCGGCGCCGAUGCCGCCGUUGCAGGGGCAGGUGCCGCUGCCGGAUGCGGCGCCGCCAGCUGAGCAGUAGCGUGGUAUACGCAUGCAGUUCAGGUCAUGUUGGCCUGAGUGCGUGGGGAAAGUGUGUCCUGCGAUGCUCGAGUACCGUAUAAGACAGCAUGAUAUCCAGACGUUGACCGGAAGUACUGACAGGUCCUAACAGACCUGGUAGGCCGUGCUUGUUAUGACAGACACGUACAGACACGUACACGAAUGUAGGUGCAGCAAGGCGUGCAGAAACGCAGGCAGGUGUUUAUGUAGCAGGGAUGCCGGUAAAAGGACUUGGUGACUAGUCAGGGACCGCUUGCGGAGUCAUCGUGGGAUUGUGUAUGUAGGGGGUUACCCGCCACACGGCCACAGUCAGCGUGGUGGACACAUAGAAGGACGUGGGAGCGGGAGGGGGGCAAGAUUGCAAGGAUUUGGAGUGGGAAGGCGUUGAUGAGAAUGGGGGGGAGGCAGGAGCAGACGGGCAUCCUACACCGUGGGCUGAACAUGCCGCUGCGUGCAGCAACGUGCAGGUGCAGCGGGUGCAGCUGGAUGGUAGACAGGUGGAGCGGUAAGAGCGCCGCGCGUUGCUCCAGGCAGGAAGGAGCGAGGAACACCCAAGCACUCGGCAUGCGGAUAUUACACGGCGGCGAGAUGUAUUAGUGUAAUGGCAGCACUUUAUUUGUGCAUUGCAUCCGUGUAAGAUGUGCAAAGUGCACCAUCCAAGGUGGCUGGUGUACAAGACGGCAUACAUUCUCUGGUGUCGGGGUGAGGCCGCGUUCCGGGCUAACCU